AAUCAGAUGAUAUAGCUAAUGAGAUCAGCCUGCAAAAUAUAUAACUCAGCUCAAUUUGUUGUGCCUGAAUGGAUAAAUACAACUACAUAGCUGUAACUUUUCUUUCCUCCUAAGGGAUUAGCUCAAAAAUAAGAUAUGUGUGGAUAAAGCCAAUCUCAUUUAUAUUGCUGUAAUGUAAUCUGUCCCUUAAUUUACCCACAAAGAUCAGUUCAUAAGUUCAGCUCUCACUUUUCUGUUUUCUCAAAGAGAAUAUUGUGUUGCUCUCGCUUUCCAUCUUCUUUACUUUAACAUCUGUGACAGCUUGGUUGAUUUGGUGAAGACAAGAUAAUAAAUAACUGCACCAUCUAUUGUUCGCCAGUAUUGACGACAAGUCAGUGGGAUACAGAGCAAAAACUUAUUCACUGACUUUUGUACUUGAAAAAAAAAUAUUGCAACAAAGAUAUGGAUCGAAAUAAAACAACCGACCAGAUGCAGGUUAAUGAAAAGGAUGUACAACUAUUAGAACAACAGCUAAAAAGAAAACGGUCAAAACGCCAAUGUAUUCCUAUGAACCCCACAACUAUAGAAUCAGUUGAGCCGUCGGCUUCAUUUCGAAAAGAACCAACUGAUUAUGCUGAGCAAAAUAUCCUUGCAGCAGCGAGACGCCAUCAAAAUUUAAAAUCAGCAACUACUGAACAUGAUGUCUGUUCUAUCAUAAAUACUUGUCACGACGAAAGUAAUAUUGUUCGCCCAUCUUCUGUUUUUGAGAAAGGCUCAACAUCGCGUACCUGUAAUGACCAACAUAAUAUACCAUCUCAAACAAUUAAAGGUGCUAAAUCUCGAAAUAGAAAUGUUUUGCAUAUUGGUGAACUUCGAACAUCCUACGUUCCACUUAAAAAAGUUACAAGAUGCAAAUUAUGUCAUGCGUUUAAGUUUGAGUAUGAAUCAGCUGGAUUUUGCUGUAGUGAAGGUUCAGUUAAAUUGAUGUCACAUAAGUUACCUGAAGAAUUACGAAACCUAUAUUUUGGAAGCUGCGAAGAAUCAGAACAUUUUCGGACAUUUAUUAGAACAUACAAUAAUAUGUUUGCUUUUACAUCUCUCGGUGUACGUUAUGACAAAGAUUUAGCAAGAAGGAAUCAUGGUAUUUACACAUUUCAGGUUCAGGGACAAAUGUAUCACUUUAUAGAUGAUUUAUGUCUGGCUGAUGGGAAAGCUAAUAAUUUACAGUUGUAUUUUUAUGAUAAUGAUAAUGAACUUAGUAAUAGAAUGAUAUGUUCAGAUAAGAUUGACGAGUCCAUAGUUAGAAAAUUAAUGGACAUUUUGAAGAUCAACCCGUAUACCAUAUUCCUUAAAAGGCUUAUGGAUAUUCCAAACAUAGAUAAUUUUUAUAUUGCUUUCAAAUGUGAUUCAGGUUUAGACCAACGGGUAUAUAAUCUUCCUACUGCAUCCGAAGUUGCUGCUAUAUGGAUUGAACAAGAUAAUAAUAGUGUUACUCACACACCUCACAUUCGAAUUUACACAUAUAAUAAUAGAUCACAAUUAGUGAAUUAUUAUUACGGAUGUUAUGAUGCUCUGCAAUAUCCACUGAUAUUUCCUUAUGGACAAAAUGGAUGGCAUUGUGGAAUAAAAAAAAUUGGAAAGCUUGAGAGGAGUAGUGGACAAUAUUUUCAUACUCAACUUGACAAAUUACCCAGUAUAAAAAAUGUAUCUUCAAUUGAUGGAUAUCUUGACAUUGAAAACAAAAUCUUGCAAAAGGGGAAAAAAAGGCGGGAUACAGUUUCCAUUCAUGAAUAUUACUGUUACAAACUUCAAAUAAGAAACGAUGAUGAAGAUGAAAUUUUACACACUGGUAGAGUAUUUCAGCAGUAUUCAGUAGAUGGAUACAUAAAACUUGAGACCCAAAGGUUAGAUUUCAUUUCCUUCAACCAAGAUUUAUUCAGAACGGAUGUAUUGCAAGGGUUGCGUGACAUUUUAAGGCUUGGGGAACGAAAUGCUUCUAAUGUUGGAAAACAAAGAUUCCUUCCUGCUUCUUUUAUAGGGGGGCGUGUGAUAUGCGACAACAAUAUAUGGAUGCUAUUGCAUUAGUACAACAUUUUGGUAAACCAGAUUUAUUUUUUACUAUGACUUGUAAUCCGGCUUGGCCCGAAAUAAAAGAACAUCUCUUGUCAACUGACGAAGCACAAAAU